UCUAAAGCUGCUUUGGCUUUUAUAUAUGUAGUCUCCUCAAUCCUCAUCAAAGAUCCGAAGCACCUAUUUGCUGGAACAGAUUUUCCUUCAUCUCUUCUUUUGAAGCUUACCACAGAGAAAUCCCAUCUUCGUUGCUGGCGAGACUGCAACAACGAUUCUGAUAUGAUCAACGACAAUGAUGUCAUGAGAGAGGUUCUAUCUCGGCUACCCAUCAAGUCUCUCCUGAGCUGCAAGUGUGUCUGCAAAUGGUGGAACUUCCUCAUCUCAGAUCCAAUCUUUGCCUGGAACUAUGUUAAUCGAAACCCUCAUCUCUUCGUAUCCGGGUUCUUCCUGCAGAAACUUCUGUAUCUUCAGCUGUAUCCAGACUUGGAGUUUGUUACCCUUGAUGGAACGAUUGACGCCGCGCCUGAAGCAUCUCUGUCUUUCAUCAAUGAUGAAAAGGGUGUCCUCAUACAGCAUUCCUGCAACGGCCUCUUGUGUUGCAGCAGCUCCCGAUGCCACGAGAACGAUCGAGUGUACUACAUAUGCAAGCCCACCACCAAGCAAUACACUGUUCUACCCAGACCAAUGGCAACCACAGUUUUCGGAAUCAACAUAGCAUUUGAUCCUUCAAAAACCCUUGAUUACAAAGUAGUUUGCAUCUGCGACUCUGAAUUGUCCUCCGACCAUUGUCAGAUCACCGUCUAUGAUUCGAGGACCAUCUCGUGGAGGCUUUCCGGCAGCCCAUUUCUCCAAGUUGAAGGCUUGCUCUAUGGCCGUGGGGUGUUCUGGAAUGGCUCUCUGCACUGGAUUGGUGUGAAGGAGACUUCGCUUCGGUUCGACGCAGAGCAAGAGCUCUUGGUAGAGAUGCCUAGCCCUCCUUUGCGUGAAGGGUGGGAGGAGAGGAGGUUGAGAUAUUUCGGGGAGUCGAGAGGCCAUCUGCAUCUGAUCGAAAUCUAUGGUCCACGAACCACCCUCUUCGAUGUGAUGGAGCUGAGGAAGGAUUACUCUGGAUGGAGCUGAGGAAGGAUUACUCUGGAUGGUUCAGUAGCAGCUGCAUACCCAAGUAUGGUGAGGAGCAAUGUUAAUGUUUCUCAGCUGCAUCGCUUUGUAUUCUCUGUUCUGCAUCUUGAUCGCAGCUCAGAGGAAGGGGAUUCAUUCUUGGUGCUGCAUAUACCAGGUAAAUUCAUCUCAUACAAUCUGAGAGACAUGACAUUCGUCGAGCUUCGCAGCUUGUCCACUCGCCUCAUGACCAUGGAUAUGGUUCUUGGGUUGGAGUAUUCAUGGGGUGAUGUCCAUCAAUAUGAUAACACCCUCUUUUAUCUCUAGCUACGCAUCAUCUACUUGAGAGAUUUCUUCUCUUUGAUCAACAAUUAUAUUCCUUUAAUCUCUCUGUUUUUUUCCUCAUUCUCUGUAUGUUAUGUAAGGAUGUUUAUAAUUUAAGCUCCAUCCUUAAUUUUGUUCCU